UUAAUUUAUUGAAAAAAAAAAAGAAAAAGAAAGAGGCUGACUAAAUUCUUUUAUUAAAAAAAAAAGAGUUGGGAUUUUUUUCCUCUUAUUUUUAAUGCUUAAAGACGUUUAAAAGGCUGUUUUGGGGAAAGCAAUUAGCAUUAUUCAGAAAUCUUGGAAGGUAUUUGUUUGGAUUCGGAAGGAGAGAAUUGUGGCGUCACUACACACAGGGCCUUACCUAGUUAAGAAAUAGAAGAUGAUAAUGAUAACCGCUUCUUGAAACUCCAACAUAACUCUAAGUUGAAGCCCUUCUGCUUAAACCCUAAGCCUACCCGCAGUUGUUUUUGUGUUUUCAGAAUGGUUCACGCUCUGCAAUUCUCGUUUCCGGUGUCUGGGUUUCAGACUCCAUUGAAGAUUAGGAGAAGGAAAUUUGGUGAUUUUGGAAUUGUCUGCUCUUCUACGCUCUCCGAUUCUCCAGAAGAAGGACAGGAGAUAGGGGAUGCUGGUAAUAAGAGAGGUCAAUGCCCACAACAUGUGAUUUUGCUGGAGAAAUAUAACAAUGGUACUGCAAAAAGGUUCAUAUUAGAUGAUGACAUACAAAUACAAACCUUCCUCGAGGAAGAAGGAUCCAAAACUGAGAGGGUCCAAGGCUCUAGCUUCUCAGAUACGCAAUUAUCUUGGCUUCCUAUCAUUGUUAAAGACUUUAUUUUGCCAGCAGGCUUCCCUGGAUCAGUUUCAGAUGAUUAUUUGGAAUACAUGUUAUUACAGUUCCCCACCAAUGUUACUGCAUGGAUCUGUCACACAUUGGUCACAUCAAGUCUCCUAAAGGCUGUUGGAGUUGGUUCUUUUUCAGCAACCACUGCUGCUGCUUCUGCUGCUGCUUCUGCUGCUGCCAUCAGAUGGGUUUCAAAGGAUGGCAUUGGUGCUGUUGGUCGCUUAUUUAUUGGUGGACAGUUUGGAAAUCUUUUUGAUGAUGAUCCAAAACAAUGGCGCAUGUAUGCUGACCUCAUUGGCAGUGCUGGAAGUAUCUUUGACCUCAGCACACAGUUGUAUCCUGCUUAUUUCCUGCAAUUAGCAUCUCUUGGGAAUCUUGCCAAGGCUGUAGCAAGAGGACUAAAGGAUCCUUCAUUUCGUGUGAUUCAAAACCAUUUUGCUAUUUCUGGAAAUUUAGGAGAGGUAGCAGCAAAGGAGGAAGUUUGGGAAGUAGCUGCUCAGCUGCUAGGCCUUGCUCUUGGCAUAAUGGUGUUGACUUCACCUCUUGUUGCAACAUCAUAUCCAGUGUUGGCAUUCACAUGGAUGAGCAUGCGGCUCCUACACCUGUGGUUACGUUAUCAGUCUCUUUCGGUGCUACGAUUUAAGAGUAUAAACCUAAAGCGUGCCCGUAUAUUGGUGAAAUCACACGUUCUACACUCGAUUGUCCCAGGAUAUGUUGAUUGCAAUAGGAAAGAGAAGAUUUUGUCAUGGCAAAGAUUCUUAAAGCCAAGAAUCAUUUUUGGUGUGUCCUUGGAGGAGCUGAUUGGUGGUGAGAGACCUGUUUCCAAGGUGAGGACUCUUCUCAAAUUAUAUUCCCAGGAAAAAUAUAUUCUAGUGGUGAAGCAACAGGGGACAGACUUUGAGGUCUUCGUUUCAUUCAAGGUGGGAGCUACGAGUCUAUCAGUCCUGCGAAGUAUAUGGCAGAGUUACUGGCUGCAGGAGAAUUGGUGUGGAUCAGAUAAUAUCCUUGUUCAGCUGGAGCAAAGCUUGUUAGAAUUGGAAGAGUCCUUUGGGGAUUUUACCCAACAGUUGAAAAGCUCUGGAUGGGAUUUGCAAAAGAUCAAUCUGAAGGUGCCCAAAAAACAAUCCAUUGAAGAAGUGGGUGCUAUUUGAUUGUUUGCUUAUCAAUUGCCAAAACAUCUUAUGCCUGGCAAAAUAUCUUGUGUUGAGACAAGAUAGCUUUGCUCAUGGAACGUUUGUCCGCAUUGGGCUGCUGUUUGAGCAAGGAGCUCUGCUGCUAUUACAUGUCACAGUCUGCCAGUUUUGCACACUAAAAAAUGGGGGGAGAAAUGAAGAAGAACACGGCAAUUUAUACCUACAGAGUGGAAAAAUCCAGUUAGCCUUCCUCACCUUAGUUCAUCCAUUCAAAUCCGGAAUGAGCAUGUAAAUCCCUCUUCUUGUGUCCUUUUUAGCUCUUAUUCAAACCGUUUUUGUUGCUGAGAAAAUGUUCCAUAAUCCAUUUGGUUCAUCUUUCUUCUCCAUGUCUCUGGAGGUUUCAUUGUUGGCUUUUCCUCUAGUUAUUUAAUUCCCAAGAAAAGUUACAAAACUAUUUUGCAUC